AAUUGUUCCGAAAUCAUUCACCAAAUAUAGCAUUGCUUUAUCUUUAUGAUCGUAUUUUUUUUUUUUGGUUUUCUAUAUCAGCUAUUCCGAUUGCUGUAUAAGCCCCCAUUUGCCGCAUGGAUAAGCCCUCCGGACUAAGCCUAUAUAAAGGGCGCCAGCCGUUAGCGCAGAAACGCGAGUCAGUUCGAGCUAAGCCCUCCCGUGAAAGACCAGACACAGAUGUAAGUAAAAUGGUGCGCAAGGUGGAUUCCAGUGGCGUGUGGUGGGUCGGAAGACCGACGAUACUUGGUGUGAUGGUGCUGCUGCUAGUGCUCGUGAUCCCAACGGUGAAGGGAGAGGUGUUGUGUUACACGUGCCAAGAAUGUGAUGAGCAUGACGUGAUGCAAACGGAGCAAUGCUCUGUUGAAUGUGGCAUAUGGUACUCGUCGAAUGGUGGCGUGCCAACAGUAAACCGUGGAUGCAUAGAGCAAGUGCGGGAAGACGACGUGAUCUAUGAUCAGUGUCAGACCGAUCUGUGCAAUACUGCCAGUGUCGUGCGGUGUGUGCGCUGUCCUACUGCUCUAACGGCUGAAUGUGAGAACGUGAUCUGCCCAACGUCAGAUGACCAGUGUUACCUUAACCCUGCAGAUGGUAAACGAGGCUGUACCUCAGAUCCGGAGUAUGUCGUGGACUGUUCCGGUGCUUCUUGUACCAAAUGUAGCCCGGAGACAGGUAAACCCUGCAACGAUGUUCAGACGUGCGAAGUCUGUGAUACUAGCGUAAAUCCUGAAUGCUUGCUGCAAACGUGUCCCAAGGUGACGGAUCAAUGUUACCGCUAUAUUGACGAACAGGCCACACUGCAUUUAGGAUGUACUAGUGAGGUAGACUACACUAUUAGCUGUGAAGAAGAGGGGGCCAACUGUCGAACUUGUUCCAGUGAUCUAUGCAAUCGAGAUGCGAGCUUUGAAUGUUAUUCUUGCGAUGAUUGUCCGUCGAUUGAUGCUUUCCUGGACAGUAAGGUCGAAUGUAAUAUUCACCAGAAGGAUCAGUGUUACACGGUCUAUGAUUGGUCAAGCAAACAAACUCACCGUGGAUGCGUCAGCGACGAAUUCCCAACGACGGAGUUCGAUUCUUACGACCUGUGCAGCGACGACACCUGUAAUAACCAAAUCUUUCCGAAUCAUCUCCGGUGCUAUCAGUGCGAUGGGUGUGAUGCACAGAUCUCCGAUGCGGAUGUAAACUACUGCCGCAAUGAUCAGGCAACCGGGUGCUUCAUGCUGCUGGUUGAGUUCGAAUCGGGUAGCAAAACAGUCAUCCGAGGAUGCGACACAGAUCCCGCGUUCGCUGACUGUAGGAUCAAUCGUAACUGUGAAACCUGCACAGGAGAUGCGUGCAACCGAGCGCCCCAAACUGCUGCAAGAUUAUGCUACCAGUGCGAAGGUGUGGAGGAGUGCGAAAGACAAACACUUGCCACCGGCUGUCAGAACACGGCGUUCACUAACCAGUGCUACCUGUACUCGGACGGUGCUGCUGGUGAAGAGCUGAAGAAGGGAUGCCUACUAGAUUUGGAUGAAACGAUGGCGGCGGCUUGCUACGAUCCGACCGAUACACGCUGUAGCAUCUGCAAGGACAUCACGUGCAAUCGACAGCACUGUGUGCGGUGCAACACACAAACGGAGGGUGCUGCCUGUCUGUUGGGUGAUAAAUCUGCGCCGGGCUUGCAGUAUGCACUUUGCGAGGGCAACUGUCGGGUGGAAAUCGAUGCCAAUGGUCACACUGUACGGGGCUGUGCGGAAGACUUCCCGGAACCGUGCGGGCAGGGUGAUGAUGCCCGUUGCCUAGAGACGGUACAGGCUGGAUCCAAUGGUGGCAUUUUUCCAGCAAAUCGCCGUCAGUGUUAUCAGUGCGAAGGUGACAGUUGUUGGACGAUGCCCGAACUUGGGACGGCUCGUUACUGCCAGCUCUACCGGGGGUCGAAUGAUGGCUGCUACAUUUACAACGACGGUAGUACGAUAGUGCGUGGUUGCACCACCGACCCUGGAGCUAAAUGUUUAACAGAAGAUGGAUUUGACGACCAAUACUGCUCGAUCUGGAUGGAAGAUCUCAGAAACGAUGCCGCUCAGCAACGGGAACCUCUUACCUGCUAUCAAGACUGUCCCGGUGUUGAAUCGGGACAGAUUCCAACGUGUCCACCCGUUACCUGUCCACCGACUACCGAUCGUUGCUUCGUCAGCGUAUCGUACAGUGGUGUUAUUUCGCGUGGCUGCACAUCCUUUGAUUGUCCGCCGGAUUCUAGAGACUGCUACACGUGCAAAGAGGCGAACUGCAAUGGUGCCUACUCGGUGUGUUCCAAGUGUGAUACGUCGAUCGAUGGGGACUGUACCAUUGGUACCGAACACGGCGAAGUGUGUGAGCAGAGCGAGGGUUGCUUCCAGUACCAAGGUGACGAUGGCAAAGGUAUCUAUGGUUGUGCUGAGAAGGCUCCCGCCAUUUGCUCCAACGAUGCCGACCAUUGUAACUUUUGCCAGGACACAUUCUGUAACGCUAAAGCUCCAAUCCUUUGCUUCUCCUGCACCGACUGUCGCGAUGUUUUAACUCCAAUUAUUCAGAAGACAAAGCUCUGCGGUACCGAAGGGGACAGUUGCAUUACCGCGCUGAUCGAUGGACGUAUCGAUCGAGACUGUCGGUCCGAUUUGCCGCAUCCGAUCGAGGAGUACACCGUAAUUGAAGAUUGCGACACGUCAAACUGUAACAGGCUAUCGAUUACCGAUUGGACCAGCUGUUACGUGUGUACGGGUUGUAACGAUGUGUUGGGCGCUGAAGUGACUACGGAGCUCUGCCUAAACCCGCCAACGGACACGUGCUUCACGAAGCGGGAGGAUGACGGUGUGAUCGUGCGCGGCUGUGCUACGGAAGACGGACUCGUCGGCUGUGACAAUGGUAUAAACUGUGAUGUGUGUGCGGGUGAGAACUGUAACGAUCGUGCCAUACCGCAGGAAUUCAGCUGCGUUCAGUGUGACCUGAGCGAGGACUGUGCGCAGUACAAUGUACUCAGUGAGUGUCCCAACACACUUGGUUUGCUUGUCGACAGUUGCGUCACGUACACGAAGCAACCGGACGGUGUAAAGAAGGGUUGCAUUAGCACGCCAGAUUUGUAUGCCCUCUGUUACGGAACUUCGAAUGACGUUUGUGUUGUGUCGGAAGAGUCGAUGGGAAACGCAAGACCGGUUCAGUGCAUUGACUGUAUCGAGAGUGUAGAGUGUAUUCGAGGAGAGGCAAAUGAGCUGAUCACUAACUCCUACCACCAUGGGUCUUGUGUUUCGUUUCUCGACGAGCAAGGUACGGUCGUGCGUGGGAACAUUGUGAACUAUCCCGAGUUCCAGAAUGCACCUCACUACAAGGUAUGUUUCGAAGAUGGCUGUAAUAAGGGGCUGUUCCCCGAUGAUCGUUUGCUGUGCUAUCAAUGCAGUGGAGAGGAGUGUGCCCGUCUGACACAGUCCGGCAGCUCAAUAACGCCCCAACCCUGCUUGCGGUACGAUAAAGUGAACGCAAAGUGUUACACCUGGUACGAGAGUGCAUCGAAUGCGCAGCGUGGAUGUUUGCUGGACGAUGGUGACGACUCCCUGUGCGGUGGAGAGGGAGUACAAUCGUGUAAAAUCUGCUCCGACAGUCGAUGUAACGAGCUCGAUUACGCGGCCUUUAGCGAGACGAACGUUUGCGUAAAGUGUACCACCAAUCGGGGCUGUCAGGAGGAUCUUGCCGAAGAGGCGUGCACCGAUGGCGGUGGUUGUUACACGUUCUUUAGCGGAUCGUUGGUUGUCGCGAAAGGAUGCGUAUCGGAGCUUGCGGAGAGCAUGGAGUGGUACGAGGAGUGUGCUCGCGGCAGUGAAAGUGAACGUUGCCAGCAGUGUUACGGGGACUAUUGCAAUCGUAACAAGUGCUACGCGUGUAAUUCGGGUCUUGGUAGUGCUACCGAUUGUAUCGAGCCUCGCUUAGGCCUUACCGAGUCAGCUACCUGUAGGACGGAUGACGGAUGUGUGGCGUUCAUUGAUGCAAACGGUCACACUGUACGUGGAUGCAGGGACAGUUUCGAAGACCCAAUUGCCGAAUGUUCCGAGCAGAAUGCCGCCACCUGUCAGCUCUGUAACGGUGAUCACUGUAACGGGGCACUGCUGGGGAAGGAUCGCAUCAAGUGUUACCAAUGUUCGGGGACGGCCGGAUGUCUUGAACCGGCACCAAACAGCGCACUGUACUGUGCCAUCUAUCGGGAAGGAGAAGAAAGCUGUUACACUUACUUCCAAGACGAGCGUACGGUAGAACGUGGCUGCACUCUCCAGCGACCGGAGCCAUGUGAACACCCCUGCCAGAAGUGUAACACAACGGCCUGCAAUGAUCAGCGCGCUACCAUGACGAAUCCUCUCCGCUGUGCCCAAUGUUCCGGCGGCGAGUGUCCCGACAUCGACGCCACCGAUCCGACCGAGGUAAAGCCCUGCACGGAAGGGCUUCUGUUUGGCCGUACCGAUCAAUGCUAUACCUACUUUGAUCCGGCCGAUGGUUCGGUUCAGCAGCGUGGAUGUCUUAGCGAUCUUGCGAAGAGUGCAGGUGGUAGUGCGAUCGCGGCCCAGUGUUUAGACGCAACCGAUGGAAGCUGCAAGCUGUGCACGGACGAUGGGUGUAAUGCGCGCAGUGUAACUUGUUUCGUCUGCAACACGGAUACUGAUCCGGACUGUGCAGACCUGUUAACGGAGAGUAGCGCGUAUCGGCAAGCAUGCGGUACGGGACGGUGCGUUUCGCUGCUGGAUGGAGCAACCACGCGGAAGGGAUGCUUGGAGGAUUUCAACGAUGUCGAUUGUGCGUUGAAAGGGACGUGUCAAAUCUUUGAAGGUACGUUGUCGAACAGUGCGGUCUAUCCGGCGGACAGGAUACGUUGUUACCAGUGUAGCGGUAGUGGAUGUGACGAGCUGCAAAGCUCCACUAGCUCUUCGACGUGCCAACAGUACGACCCCGACGAUGAGUGCUACACGUACGUUACAGAUACCGGUGAAACCUUCCGUGGAUGUCUUUCCGAUACGCUGACGCCCGAUCCAUGUGCCGACCAAUCGGACGUUUGCGUCAAGUGUAGCAGCGAAGCCGGCUGCAACACCGAACCUGCCCAGCGCUCCAACGAACUCGUAUGCGCACAGUGUUACAAUGCGGUGGAGUGCGGUCAGACGGAACGAUACGAACGGUGUACCAAACCGGUGUUGCUGGGCCGGCAAGAUUCGUGCUACGUGCAGUCGUUCAACGGAGAACUGCUUGCCCGCGGUUGUCUCAGCGAUGCGGUGGGAUCGUUGCGGGACAAGUGCACUGCCGGCGGAUCGAGCAGUGAGUGCUCCGUCUGUCUGUGCGAUCGCUGCAAUGCGCCACCGGUGGAGUGCGUUAGCUGUGAGGGUGAGGUUGGCUGUGGUGAUGUGCUCGGUGUUGGGCAGAGUGUUGUGCCGUGUCAAACGGGUAGCUGUGUGUCGUUGGUCAAGCAGCUUCCCAACGGUGCCACGAUCAUUGCCAAGGGUUGUUCGGAAGCGUACGAGCAGGAUACGUGCAGGCCAGCGAAUGAUGCAUCCUAUCAGCUUUGUUACUCUCCGGGGUGCAAUGACGUGCUGUUUCCACCGGAUCGGCUGAAGUGCUUCCAGUGCGUAGGAGCGGGCUGUUCCGAUCCAUCGCUCGUUCCAACCAUCUGCGAGCCGUAUAGCACGAAUGAUAAGUGCUACAGCUUUUUGGACCGUCAGCAGAAGGGAUGCGUUGGCCAGUUGCAAGACUCGGCGGAAUGUAACCCAGCGGAUGGACGGUGCUUUGUUUGCGAUUCAUCGGAUGGCUGCAAUGACGAACCGCGGCCGCUGGAGUGUAUCGAUUGCUCGUCCCGAACUGAUCCAAGCUGUGUGGAACCGAUGGCAACCUUUGUAAAGAAGAAGUUUUGUCCCAUUGGUGGAUGCGUUACAUUUAUUGAUGCACAUGGCUUCACCGUGAGGGGUUGUGCGAGGGAAUACUACGUCACUCCCGCUUCAUGUACCGGAACGACCUGCCAGCUGUGCACUAAUGACGACAACUGUAACAGCAUGCUGCUCCCUCAAAAUCGGCUGCAGUGUUAUCAGUGCUCCGGAUCUAGCUGCUUGGAUGUAGCGAACCAAACGCCUUCCAUCUGCCAACAGUACAGUGCAGACGACGCUUGCUACGCGUAUGCCAGCAGUUCUACCAACAUUCGCCGCGGAUGCUUGUCAGAUCUCACCUCCGAAUGUCCCACAGACGGUUGCGUAACGUGUUCCACUAGCAAUGGGUGUAAUGCUUAUCCACCGGUCGUGGCUAAUCCGCUCACCUGCCACCACUGCGAUGGAGUGAACUGUGCGGACGAACAGACAGGCGCUGGGGCCAUGUGUCCCCCAGUACUGUUGGGUCGCACCGAUGCCUGCUACUCCUGGGUGGAGAAGUACACCGUCCGCAGAGGUUGUUUGUCCGACGCAGAUGCGUGUAAUGCGAUGAACCCGAACUGUUACAUCUGCACCGACGGAAGGGAUUGUAACGCCGAACGGUACGCGGUAGAGCGUCACGAAUGCGUACAGUGCGCUGAGUUGCCUACGGACGAGCGGUGUAAUUGGGGAUUCGAUCGAUCGGCAGCAGAGCAAUGCUCUUCCGACACGCAGCAGUCCUCCGAGUUAGGCUGCUACAGUUGCUACAUCUCGACGCUGGACCCUACCGAGCGAAGGCUCUUCCAUCGUGGGUGUGUAGGCGAGGAACGGCAAGCUCAAUGCGAGCCGGAAACGGUUAACGUCUGCCUAGGUGCGGGAUGCAACCAUCGCAACGAGCGCUUACAGAUCUGUGCCAAGUGCGAAGACGUCGAUGGGUGUGAGAGUGGUCGGUGGGUGGUGGAGGAGUGUCGUGGCGUCGUACCGUACGAUCGGCGUGGCUGCUACCUUAUGCGCGAUGCCCGGAAGCGCGUUACUGCACGCGGAUGUGCGGCGGACUUGAACGAUGAAACGUGGCAGCUGUGUUCCAACGUGCGGGACUCGUCCUGUCUCACCUGCCUUGGCAACGAGUGUAAUCACGCCACUAUUGGUAUGGGAAGAGUGUCGUUACUAGGGACGCUUGCGAUAGCCGUUCUCUGUUGGCUCUUGGUCGGACUCGGUAGAUAAAGGAAUUAUUUCUCAACUGGUAACUGAAUUAUAGACGAAAGCAAACGAACUACCGAAUUUACCAUAACAAAUUCAUUUUUUAUUCAUUAUUUUUAUUUAAAAAAAGAUUCAUCAUCAAAAGAUAGAUUAGUAGUGUAAAAACACAUCGAGUUAAAAUAUAUAGCGAUGAAGAGAGAAGAAAUAAGAGAUUUAAUUUGUGUGUUCUGUGUAGUGCAUGUAAGAAUCUACCAAUAAACGUUUCAAUUA